UACAACUCGAGCAUCGCCUUCUCGUAUCUAUCGCUUUCAGUUAAUUCCUAAGCAGACGGCAUUCAGCUUACUUGUUAAAAACUCUGUUAGCAGCUUUUUUCGCGAUAAAAGUUUUCACUCUCAACCUACUAUUCGGUCUGCUUCGAGCUCCUGCAGCCAUAGCUGAGAAGCACCUCAUCAAUAGCAGGGCAAAGCUCGCAGCCCAUCACAAAGAGCAAGCAUCAUCGAUUUAUACAGCAUGGACGUCGAAAAUUCAUCCUCUUCAACGCCUUCGGCUCCGGAUGAGCUUAAAAAAUCCAACUCUACAGGCUCUACCGGCGCCCACUCGGUAAAGUCUCACGACUCUGUAUCAGUCCUGGGCGCACAUCCCUACGGCUCACUCCACCUUCAUCAGCCUGACGAGUUACCACCUCACCAAGACAGCAAUGUAGAGGAACGAGAAGACAGCCCGCCGCCCCCGCUGGAUCCUCCCUUGAGUCCCGGAAGAAAGCAAGUCAUGUUUAGUGCUGUUCCACCAGAGAUCUUGAGCAGCCAGUCAAGUCUUUCUGCCACGCAUGAGACUCAUCAAGUCAUUACUCAUUCCAUGGGUGGAGGAGACGUGUUGCUCAUUUUAGAUCUGCCCGAGGUGUAUCUUGUGGGGUACGAUGCCAUCUCGUUUACCGCCAAACACUUUGGCGGCAUCAGGGAUAUCCCAGUAGGGCCGCACUUCUUCUGGGUAACACAUCCCGAUAGUGGCUCCGUUCGGGCCGGCUUCUGGAUCGUAUCAUCUGGCAUCGACCAAGUCCACGUCUUGCAAUGGGACAAAUUCACCGAAACCAUUCUUGAGCCGUCACGGGCAGAGGCUCGAAUCCAAGCUGAUAAUCUUGAGAGCUUCCACGAUAAGCUAAUACCCUACCAUGACCCAUCAUCCGUCAACUCAGAGCCGAUAAAGAUGGAGAGUUCUCUUGACCACGAUUCAAAAGAGAAACUGAGAAUGUGGAAGCGACUGACUGGAUGUGUCACGGAAGGGGUACUUGGCCGUGUUACUGGACAGCGGACUAACAGCUGGCAUGUCGACACAACAGAUCGCGUCAGAGGGGCUGUGCUUUUGGCAGCAGAGAUGGAGCUAGAACGACGAUUUUCAAACCAUCUGCUUCAGUCCAGAGAACUCAACUUUAGUUUCUCGCAGCAUUCCAAAACGUAUACCGCUGACUCUCUAGGGGCUGAUCGGACUCUAGCAGCUACAGAUGCGACACCUUAUAUGAUAUCUGUCAUGACUGCUCCUGGCAAGGAGUUGACUGACGAUGAUGUCGUUGGCGAACUACAGUUCGCCUUUAUUGUUGGCGUGCACCUUGGAAAUGAUGCUUGCAUCCAGCAGUGGUGGCAUAUGGUGCUCAAGCUCAUUCUAAAGGCCUACCUUUUGCCAGAGCAAUAUCCAGUCCUCGCCUCCAGGCUGCUACAGGUCAUUGCUUCACAGAUCCAGUACAGUUCUGAGUGGCUGGGCGAGUCUAUUUUGGACUAUGGUGGCUCAAAUAGUCAUGACCUGAGGCUUGCUCUCAUCAUCUACAAGCGGCGACUCGAAGAAGUCCUCCAAAGUCUCGGCAAUGAAGCUACAAUCGACCAGAUCAAAGUCGGCAACUCGUUUGCCAAGGUCGAGGCAGAGGUGGCGGACCUUGGAUGGGACCUAUACGGCGAUUAUCUCCGAAAGGGAAAAGUAAUGAUGGAAGACGGCGAGGAAGUGGAGCUGGAAAUGGCCGAGCUGCAGGCUGAGGAUGAGCGCGGCGAGUGGGCACCAGAAGUCGUGCAGCUCGACGAGCAAGGCCGCCAGCUAGACUUGGUUUCGUGGAACGACUAGACGGCGGGCAUGGGCGGUCUAAAGCUGGUAGAGACAACUAUUUCAUCAAACGGUCGAGAAGACGAACCGUCAUCAUGGCCAUCUUCUGGGAGGACAGUCUUUGGAGGGGCUAUGAAGCUGAUGACGAGGAGGAAGAUGAGCGUGUUGAAGAAAGCGAAGAGGCGCAUGAUUUUGUCCGAGUAGCCUUGAUUCUGAGCCUCAUUAAUUUUCAUUGUCUUGGUGUUUUAAGGACUGGAUGGAUACAUGGAGGUAUACGGCAGAAAAAGUAUCAUUACUGGUGUUUGGACAUAUGUAUUUGGCUACUCGAGGUUACUUUGAGGAUUGUAUUAUUACAAGUGGUAACGGUUACUGGUGGUUGUCAGUGCACCAUGUAUAUAUAGCCCUCUUUAUAAAACGAAACGAGGUAAAAACCAUGCUUU